AUGAUGAAGGUUGCCAUCCUCGCUUCUCUUAGUGGCCUCGUCGCGGCCGUCGACCUGAGCAGCCAAGACUUCGGUAUAAGCAUCAACGAUAAGACCGGCGCCAUCGACAGAAUCACCGACCCCCGCUUCGACGAUUUCAUGAACUGGGUGAGUACCGGCUCCAACGCACCCUGGCUCCCGACCGGCAGCCGCUGGAGUCUAGGGUACGCCGAUCUGGGCCAAGAUUAUCUCCAUCGCAACUUUUGGAACUUCCCCCAGGUCACGAAGCGUGACAACACUGUAGAAGCAGUGUAUAAUGCUGGGGCGCUUGAGCUCCUAGUCGGCCGGAGCAUCACAGAUGAGAAUCGCCGAGGAACAACAUCUUUGGCCAUCUAUGCCCCUUUCAAUGACCAUUAUACAAACACAAGUGAUUGCGUCAAGCCUCGCUCGCAUGCGCAUGUUUGGGCGUUUGGGGGAGCUUCUUCCUGGGUUAAGCUGAGUCAAAUGGGCGGCAAGUAUCGAAAUCUCGGGUUUGUCCUGACAGAGGGCGCAUUGGUGGGCUACAGUAUCGAGGCACGCGACCCCGUCUCACUGUCUAACACGCGUGGCGUCUUCCUAAUUCAUCCUUCUAUUCCUACGCUGGAGCCGGGCGCGUCGAGCACGAUCGCGUGGACGUGGUUCUGGCAUAGCGACUGGGACGACUUCUUCGAGCAGAGCGCCGCUCGCUCCGAGCAGUUCGUGAGGGUCGAGACAGAUGACUAUAUUUCUAUCACCAGAGAGACGGGUUCUAUCUCUCUCACCGGUGCUUCUGUCAAUACCAACACGAGGGUUAGCGGCCAAGCAGCGCAAUGCGACGACAGCAAGUGUCACUACAAUUUUACAGCCGGGCGUCCGGGCCGGACGAAUCUUGUGGUCACCAGGGACAAUGGCUACAAUUCCACAAUCUUCCUCAACACGGUCCCGGAAUAUGACGACCUGAUCUACAGCCGCACCAAAUUCAUUAUCGAGAACCAGCAAGACAAUACGCCCGACACGCCCGCAGAGGGAGCCUAUCGCGUCUUCGACAACCAAGCCAACGUCCUCGCGACAUGGGACACAUCUACAGACCGAAACCCCGGCCGCGAACGCGUGGGUAUGGGCAUCCUCAUGGCACGCUGGCUGAAGAAGAACCCCGAGAAUGUCGAGGUUCGAGAGUCGCUGGAGAAGUAUUACGCUUAUGUCUCGACCAAGCUGCAGGAGGAGAACGGGUUCGUCCGUGAUAGGCCGAUGGGGAUAGAAGGCAGCAAGAAGCGCCUGUACAACUGGCCCUGGGUUCUCCAAUUUCACAUCACAGUUGCUGCUCUGGACCUCAACUUGACCGGAACAGUUGCGAAGAAGACGCCUCUGGAGCCUUUCAUGCUCACCCUGGAAAACUUCUACGCCGAAGGCGGCGACGAGUUGUACGCCAUCGGCCUCCUUAUUCUCGAAACUCUGCGCGCGCUCGAGAAGCACGGAAACGAACAAUGGCUAGAGAGGGCUCAAGAGCUUUUCCUCGCCCACGGACAAAACAUCGCGGCACGCGGGCUAGACUAUCCGUCGUUCGAAGUCAACUUUGAACAAUCCGUUGUCGCCCCCGCUGCUGCGAUACUCCUUGAGCUCUGGCGCUACACAGGCAAUGACAAGUGGCUGGACGCUGGCAAACUACACCUCAAAAUCCUCCUUCAUUUUGAGGGCAAACAGCCCGACUACCGCCUUCACGACGUCGCGAUCCGCCACUGGGACGGUUACUGGUUCGUUAAGGACCGGAUGUGGGGAGAUACAUUUCCUCACUACUGGAGCACGCUCAACGGCAUCGCGCUGCAUCACUACCGCAAAGGUCUAAAGAACGAUACCCAAGGUCAAGGGGCGGCUGCCUUGAAGACUGCUAACAGUAUCAUAAGAAACAAUCUUGCUUUGUUCGAGGCAAACGGGCGCGCUCCGUGUGCCUACAUUUACCCGACCUCCGUCAACGGCCGCGCUGGGAACUACAAAGAUCCGUAUGCAAAUGAUCAGGAUUGGGCGUUAUCUCACCUCUUGCAGAUUGAAGAAGAUGACGCCUUUGAUGAGGAGUGA